AUGACCAAUUUGAAGGAGCUGUCAGAUUCGACAAAUUUAUCAGAGGACGAAAAUGUAGAAGAAGAUCCAGUUGUGGUAGCAGAAAAUGCUGGUGCAACAUUUUGUACACCAGCAGGUGUAGCUAUUGCACAUAAACGAAAGCUUCCUACCAACAAAGGGAAGUAUAAGCAGAGUAGCAACAAAGGAAAGUAUAAGCAGAAGUAAAACACAUGUUGCUACAAGUGUCUCUUGUUAAUUACAAGAAGUUCAUCCGAGCGUGCAAAAAUUGUAUAAAUCUCUUGAUUAACGUAAUAUAUACGGGCAACUUUUUGAAUUUUGGUAGGAACUUUUUUCUAUUUCGGGCAACUUUUGAGCAACUUUUAUGCUUUUUAGCGAGCAACUUUCUAGUUUUAGCGAGCAACUUUUUGGAGUUUUACGAGCACAAUCGGGCCAUGCCUACUCAUGUGAUAUAGGGGGCAAAGCAAAAGCUUUUGUCUCCUGGCUGUAACAUUGGCCUUUGUUGGGAUGAGAGUACAGUUCAACUUGUACUUCCACAAGGUUGGCAAUCCUGGCUGGUAAAAGGUUGUGAAUGACCUCCAUGGGUGUCCUCUUGUCUACAUUGUGAUGUUUGUUCUUCUUCAUAUUUGAGCUACGAUGAAUUCUUGUUAACUGCUUUCGCUGCUGAACUUAUUAUUUGUCACUGUUUCCAUUUUCAUGGGGUGUUAUUUGAUAUUGCUUUGUUUGUUUGACACUCUGUAUCCAUUAAUACAGUUGCUUGUAUCAAAAGUUCAAGAUCAACUUUAACAGGGCUAAUCAAUUAUGCAACAAAAUUAUCCAUUUACAAAUGGUUGUCACUUGUUUCCAACCACCAAAAUGACACUACAUCAUUUUCUUCCCACUGAAUAUCCCACUUCACUGUUCAGUUCUGGCAGGCUUGUGGGUUGGACUAUUAUACAUUAAUAUAUAAUUGUCUUAAUUGGAUAUUCGUGUGGAAUUUAAACCAAUCCUGGGUUGCUUGAAAUUGGAUACAAUCAUGGCUGAAGCUGUGAUUUCCGAUUUACUGAUAUUAAAGAGUGAGUGUCAACCACAAUCCAGUGCGCGCUCGUGUUUGUUUAUAUGCGAGUUAAGCCUGCAUAACAGGCAGUAUCGGCGGGCACGAAAGGCAGACGGAUGAUAUAAGAGUCUCACAUGCUUACUUCUUUUUAUACUUUUUUAAAAAUGUCAGAUGAAUCGUCAGAUCCAGACUUAGCAGAAGAGCGGUAUGAUCCAGAAGACAAUUUAAAUGCUUACGGCUCGCCUGUUUUCCGACCUCCAGAUGAUAUUAAUAUUAAUGAGAUUGUCAAGCAAUCAGAUGUUGACAUUGUUCAUUCUGUGAGAGCACAAGUGAGUACAGUGACAGUGCAUAUAAAUUAUAUGAAUAUUUAUAUUGCAAUCUUCAAAGUGGCACUUUUUUGAUUACUUAUAUUUAUACUAUAACAUUAUUGCUUUUUUAUAGUUCUGUAGUUGUAAAAACACGUGCAGUAAAGGCAGUGGGAGGAAAAAGAAGGGUUGUCCUUGCCGCGACGAAGGAUUACAAUGCACAGAACAGUGUUCAUGUGGAACAAAGAAAGCUUCAUGCAAAAACAAGGCACAAGUUGGCUCAUCUACACAUGAUCCAAGCACAGGUCUUAAUGCUUUUGAGUGA